UUCGUUGAGGAAAGUUAUGAUAUUUCCGAGAUAUUCAAAAUAAAAACGUUCAUACAAACAGAUUUUUCCAUAAUUCCGCCAUUAUUCAAUCCCAAAGAUUGUUCGGUUCGUUCGGUGGUUUGCUCAUCGUAGUCAUUGUCUACGGUGGCGGCAAAAUGCGUAGCUGUGAGUGCGUUGUAGAAUGAAUUUGAGAGUAUGGGAAUGUGAGCGCGAGCGUGUGUGUGUAUAACAGCAUAUUUGCACGGCAUUUUUGCCGUAACAUUGUGGCAAAUUCAUUAGUAGUGCCACAGGCUUCAUAGGUAACAGACGUAAUGUUAUCAUCAUAACGUGAGAGAGUGAUACCUAGAGACAGAUCAGAGGUCUGUGUGAUAGUGGUGGAAUGUUGUGUUAAAAGUGCCAACGAUUGUACAACAAUAGUAGAGCAAAUGUAACGUAACAUAGUUGAAAUAUUUUCUACAAAAUUCCUAAAUGCCUUAGAUGACAUUCGUUUAAAACGAAAACAAGAGGAAAUACAACAAGUGGCGAAAAAAUAAUAAUUUCCUGUUGGGAAGAGAGACACGAUGGCGUGUGUGUUAAUGACAACGACGACACUUUUGUUGAAUUCGUAAAGAAUCCUAAAGUGGCCAUAAUGAACAGCAGUUGAGUUCGGACGACGAAUGAGUAACACAGCACUGCAUAUGUUGAGUGCGUUACCAUCGGUGGUGCAUUACAACUCAGCUUAGUGAUCAACCGAAAAUAGUGAUAGUGUCAUUAAUACUCUUGCUCAGUUUGUUUUCUUUUAACAACAAAACAAAAGUGCGGCAUUGUAGGUGUGUGUAAAGUGAUUUUUUUGCCAAAACAAAAGAAUUCAAAGAAAAAAGUGUUGGAAAAUAAAAUUGCAAAGAAAAAAAAAAAUAAAUCCAAUAAAAGAGCAAUAAAGAAGUCGAUGGCAGCCAGCCAUUUGUCAUUUGUCAAAAUGCUGUCAAAAUUCAAUUGAGUGAAAAGCUUUUUGUAAAAAUAGCCCAAGUUGGUUAAAACAAAAUCAAGUAAAGAAGAAGGAAGAAGGCAAGCGUGCAUUGUAAAACAAUUACUUAUCAUUAACAAUAACUACAACAACAACAACAUAAGAACAACCAAAAAAAAAAACACAGCAACCACUAGAUUGAUCGACAAUAUUUUGGAAAACGCACACACAGACACAUCAGCUGUCAAAAUGCAGCGUCGCAUGUCAAUAACGAUACGUGAAUACAAAUUCUUUCGAAGUUUUUCACAAAAAUUCGAAAAUUGGCCGAAACGUAAGGCGGAAGCGAUAUGGCGUAAAAUGCGUGAAAGGAAAAUUGCAGAAAUCGAAGCCGUUGAAGCAUGUAAAUGGUUAAGAGCUGCAGGCUUUCCUCAAUAUGCUCAGAUGUAUGAAGAUCAUCAAUUCCCCAUUGACCUAACCAAUGUUGCCAAAGAUCAUACCAAUUUGGAAAAUGAUCAACUUCAAUCCUUAUACAGGCGUUUGUGCAUAUUGAAUCGUUGUGCCAAUAUGAGGGUAGAUCAAUCUCACAAACCACAAACACCACAGAAGGAAGAUUCCGAUGAUGAGAAUUUUGCCUUAAGCGAAAACUGGACAUUCCAACCCCAUAUACGACGCUGGUCGCGUAUUGGUGAAAUGGGCCUUGAAAUACCUCCCGCCGCUAAGCUUACUGCAUGUGAGAAAACCGAAUCCUCGUCCAAAGAAUCCAGUCCCGAUCGUUUCGAAGAUGAUUCGUAUGAUGUGCUGGGCGCUCCUCUCUCACUGGCAUUACCUGGUGCUCAUGCCGAUGAUUCCGCUGAUCCAGCCCAAAAUGAUAGCACAGAUCUAAAUGCCAGUCCCUUGCGUAGAACGGGCAGUGAACGUUUAAAGGAUGGUGCUAAAGCUAUACUCAGAAGGGUGGAAUCCAUCAAGUCGCGCAGAAGAAAACGCCAAGGCAUAGUUUUGAGUGGUCCGCAGGUUUUGGAUCUCUCACAAUUGGGCCAGAGAUCGAGUAUGCGCAAGCCAGAUGCUGUGUACUCAACGCCACCCUCCCCAUCGGCGGUUAGUCCCAUGCACAGCUUCAAUAAGGGGCCCUUGUUUGGCAAUGAACUGAAGGUACCAUCACAGAGCGAUAAUUUCCUAAGUCCCAAUCGAGCCAGCCCCAAGAGAACACCCACCACACCCAGAUCCAUGAGGACUAGUCCGUUGCAUUUCUUCACCAAUACCAUGCCCUAUGUAAAGGAGGGCAAAUCCGAUGAUUCUUCCUCGUAUUACAGUGAUAGUCAGGAGUCCUCAUCGGCUGUAAAUAAAUUGACCAUACGAAAAACCCCCUCCAAGGCCCGCCGAUUUUUACAAAGAACCGGUAAGGUGGACGAUAUAGGGGCUCAUUCCGAUUCCGAGUGUCACCAGGGUAGAAAGUUAUUGAUCAAGGAUGCCAAUUCCAACACCACAGAGGUUAAGACGAAAAAACUUUCCCGCGGUGGUUCCCUCAAUUUGGGACGUGAUGGCAAAAAGCGUGAUGGCUUCAGGUCGGCCAGUUUCCGUUCAAGGUCCACCACGCGCAAAGAAAUCAAACCCGAAGAUAUAGAGAUCAUAAAGAAGGCCGCACCGGUGGUGAGAUGGCACAGCUUCCAAAUGGAGGAAAGACCCUCAAAUUUGAUAUUCCGCAAAUGUUUCUCACAGAAAAAUGAUCCUCAUUCCAAUGAACAUGGCAUACUGUUUGCUGCCAUGUCCGCGGGUCAAUUGCAAAUGAUACGCAAAUUGGCUUUGGUCACACUCACCGGUUAUAUGGAGCGUUAUUGUCCCACUCAUCGUUCGGGGUGGAAUUGGGAAUUGCCCAAAUUCAUAAAGAAAAUCAAAAUGCCCGACUACAAGGAUAAGAAAGUAUUUGGGGUACCAUUGCUGUUGAUUCUGCAGAGGAGUGGUCAAACAUUGCCGAUUGCAGUGAGAGCAGCCUUUAGAUGGUUACAAUUGAAUGCCCUGGAUCAGAUAGGCCUAUUCCGUAAAAGUGGUGUGAAAUCUAGGAUUUUGAAGCUCAAAGAGCUGAUAGAAUACUCUGAGACCAAUGCUGAGUGCAUGGAUGUGUUUGAUACUCAACAGGCCUAUGAUGUGGCCGAUAUGUUGAAACAGUAUUUCAGAGAUUUGCCUGAAUCUCUGCUGACCACCAAAAUGUCGGAGACAUUUGCAGCGAUAUUUCAACAUCUCCCACCUGAAGUUCGACUGGAUGCUGUGCAAUCUGCCGUCCUAUUAUUACCCGAUGAAAAUCGUGAAAUCCUUUUCGCUCUCUUGGAAUUCUUGACGCUUGUCGCUGCCAACUCUCAGUAUAAUCAGAUGACCGCCAAUAAUUUAGCCGUUUGCCUGGCGCCCUCAUUAUUCCAUAGCAGUAUAUCGACGGGCAGCAAUUCGGUGACAGCCUCACCGCGUCGCAAGGGCAAAGGCUCAGGGGUGCCCGAUGCCAAGGAGUUGUUUGAGGCCAAGGCCUCACAUGAGUGCCUGGCCUUUAUGAUACAGCAUUAUAAGCAAAUCUAUACGGCACCCAAAGAGAAAUUGAGUAAAUGUAAAUUUAGCUACAUGGAGGAAUCGAAACCACUGCCUCUGGAGAACUUGGGCGAGGGUAUGCAAUUUCAUAAUUGGCGAGGUUAUUUGUAUGAGAGUACCAGUGCCACCAUAAAGGAGGGUAGGGAGAAAUCUCGCGGCUGGAUAACCACCACUUCUAUUACCGAUCCCAAUGUUGAAAUUGCCUAUAAAAAAGUCGGUGAUGGCCACCCCUUGCGUUUGUGGCGUUGCAUUACCGAAAUCGAGGGACCACCCAAAGAUGUUUUGGACUAUAUCAUAAGACAACGUGCCUCCUGGGAUCCCAAUUUGCUGCAGAGUCAAACUAUUAAGAAAUUCGAUGAGAAUACGGAAAUAUUCCAAUAUGCCAUUGAUGGCCAACAAUGUACCGAUUUUUGCGUUUUAAGAGCUUGGCGUGACGAUUUGCCACGAGGUGCUUGUGUGAUAGUUGAAACCUCCAUUGAUCAUGCCAAAGCCAAACCGAUGUUUAAUGCUGUACGUGGUGUGGUGUUGGCCUCACGAUAUUUAAUUGAGCCCUGCGGCAGUGGCCGUUCCAGGGUUAUGCAUUUGGCAAGAGUUGAUGUUAAGGGUAAAACUCCAGAAUGGUAUAAUAAGAGUUACGGGCAUAUAUCAUCACAUUUCCUAACAAGAAUACGUUUGGCUUUCAAAAAUGUAGCCGAUGGACCAGAAAGUAAAGUUUAAGUCAUAUACUACCACAAACUUGUCCCAUACUAUAUACAAAAAAAAAAAAAAAAAACGAACCUCAAGCAAAAGCAACUACUCACCCAGAGUAGCAAAAGGAAGAAAGAAAACAAACAAAACAUCACAAAAUCCUCAUAAAAAUAUAAAAACUAAUGAAUUUAUGUGUUA